AUGCGAGUCACCCACCUCAUGUACGGCCUCCUCGGCCUGGCCAGCUUCACUCAAGCCGUACCAUUCCCCGAGUCUGACUCUCCGACGUCUCUCUCCGCCGAAGUCAAGGCCAGCCAGGAUGCUCCACACACUGUCGAGGCUCCGAUUGCCACUCUCGAGUCCAGCGACACCAACAACGCGCCUGCCCUCGGCGACUUGGACACGGCCUCCAGCAUCGCCCCAGGCCCGCCCUUGGUCAAGAUCUUCCCCAAACACCACAAUGGAUACUACGCGUACCUCACCGAAGCGCACUUUGGCCUCUGCCUCACGCUCCCCUCCCACGUCAAGCACGACGUAUCCUUUGUCCUCAAGGACAGGGGCAUCGAGUGCACCUUCUACAACAGGUUCUGCGAGGACUUUGAUCACGUCACCACGCUGGAAGAGUUCUCGGCCUACUUUCUCCUCGAUGACGAUGUGGGUGCGCUCGCGGGCAACGUCCGCUGCAAGAAGGUGCCUCAUAUGCCGGUUCCGCCGCGCCGGCGCUCCGUCCCAGGUGAACAAGACUCGGGUCGUCAAGGAGAAGCGCAGAAGCAGUAUGCUCUUCCCGCAGAUGUGCACGUCUCGCGCAUCGAGUCCACCACAGUCUCGGCACUCAUUCCCGCUCCGCCCGCGCGCCUCAACCCCGGCGACGUGUACGUGUGCGCGAACAUCAAAUCACCCGGAUGUGCGCUCAUUGCCGCGCGCAACAUGUGCGUAUCGUUUGGCUCGAGGUUGGCGUACAAGGCGGCCGAGAUCCAGCAGGCCGGUGGCUCCUUUUGCAAGUACUACACCAAGCCUGGCUGCGCGGAUGCAGACGAGUACUUUCGGUAUACGACGCCGCCGCGCAACGAUGAGAUUGUGAGUGGAUGGGGAGUCGCCAAGAUGGCGGCUGUGUCGUGCUUUGCCAUGGGCAUUGAUGGGGAUGUGCGCGAGGGAUGA